CAAGCUCGUCAAGCAACACGCCAACAUUGACGAUCAUAUACGGGAUGAUCUACAUUGCAUUAGAGUGCGGGGAUUGGAGAUGGCUGUUUUCUUUUCUCUAGUCGUCCCGUAAUUAUCUCCACCCAAGUGGCAGUUCUUUCGAGAGGACUUGAGUACCACUACAAUCUACACGCGGACGACUUAUCUCGUCAUCGUAGCUUGCUGUUUAGUGAUGGUAUUCUAAUUGUCUAUUCGAUCGUAACUCGUCGUUGUUUUUAAAGUACGUCUCAAUUAUAAUAACUCUAUUAUCCAUAGUCCCUUCCUAGAAUAUCUUUAAGUUCUUUCCGUCGUCCUAAUUCGAAGGUGCAUACCCGAUGUGAACCUUAAAGUUUAAGAUCUACCGAGGUACCUGCCAGGAACCAUGGAGAUAUUCAGCUCUACAAGUCAGCGGCGCCUGCCGGUUCAGGGUAGUAGCCCAUAUAUCAACGCCGAAGAAUCCGCCGAUUUGCAUUUCCCAACUCUUAUUUCUUUUCUCACUUCGUAUUUCGUUCAGCUCGAAACCUGGUAUGGAAACUUGGGCACAAUUUCUCGUCUCCUCCUUAUUUCAAGCCUGAUAUACUCCUUCACUGUCUCCUCGUCCUGGCGUUCUGGUCAGUUAAGUCGAGGCACGAUGCUUCGAUAUACAAUGUUGCUUCUAGCAACUCUACUUACUCUAUUCACUAUUACUCCUGGACAGCAGAUUCCAACCACCACAUCCACUGCCCUUAGAGAAGAGUACACCGUCCCACCGGACGCAGAUGUCGGUCAAGAUAUCAUCCCCAAUAUCUUUGACUCCAAAGCCAUCAACCCCCAAUCUAUUUGCCCAGGUUAUAAAGCUUCGAAUGUGAAGAACACUACCAAUGGCUUCCUUGCGGAUCUCGAUUUAGCCGGCAAAGCGUGCAAUGUCUACGGUACUGAUAUCGAGGCUCUAAGCCUUCUUGUUGAAUUCCAAGCCGUAGAUCGACUACACAUCGAGAUAUUACCUCGUUACGUCGGCUCUGAGAAUUAUACCUGGUUUAUCCUACCCGACGAGUUAAUCCCAAAGCCUCAAGUCGAAGGAAAUCCUGAUAGUUACAUUGAGAAUAGCGACCUUCUCUUCACUUGGGUCAACGAACCUACCUUCUCAUUCCAAGUCACUAGGAAGAGCAAUGGCGAUGUCUUGUUCAAUACGACAGGAUCUGAGUUGGUGUAUGAGAAUCAAUUCAUUGAGUUUGGCUCAUCAUUACCUGAAAACUACAACUUGUAUGGUCUUGGCGAGGUAAUUCACGGCUUUAGACUUGGAAAUAAUCUCACAAGAACCUUCUUCGCGGCAGACGUAGGUGAUAUCAUAGAUGCGAAUAUCUAUGGAAAUCAUCCCAUCUACCUCGAUACUCGUUACUUCGAAGUGGAUAAGGAUACUCAAGAGUUGAAGUACGCUUCAGAUGCCACAGAUAGGUCGGCUCAGUACAAGUCAUAUACGCAUGGUGUCUUCCAGCGAAACGCCCAUACUCAGGAGGUCCUACUUAGAGAAUCCAACAUCACUUGGAGAGCUCUUGGCGGCAACAUUGAUCUCUAUUUCUACGAAGGACCCACUCAAGACAGCGUAACUAAGUCCUACCAGCAUAGCGCCAUUGGUCUCCCUGCUAUGCAGCAAUAUUGGACCUUCGGUUACCAUCAAUGUAGAUGGGGUUAUAAUAAUUGGUCUGAGGUUGAGAGUGUUGUUGACAAUUUUGCCAAAUUUGAGAUUCCACUCGAAACGAUCUGGUCCGAUAUUGAUUACAUGAACGCGUACCGAGAUUUCGAAAAUGAUGAAAAUCGUUUUGGUUACGCCGAAGGAGCCAAGUUCCUACGGCGAAUUCAUGAGCAAAAUAUGCAUUAUGUGCCAAUAAUAGACUCCGCUAUCUACGCGCCAGACCCCACGAACAUCAGUGACGCAUAUCCACCAUUUGAUCGCGGGAUUGAACAAGACGCAUUCUUACUCAACCCAAAUGGAUCUAUCUAUGUCGGAGCAGUUUGGCCUGGUUACACAGUUUUCCCUGACUGGAUUGGUGCUCUAUUCAAUGAUACUGGAGCCAACCGAUGGUGGGCGCGUGAAAUUCAAGGGUAUCACUACAAGAUCGACUUUGAUGGCAUCUGGAUUGAUAUGUCAGAAGUAUCAUCCUUCUGUGUAGGCAGCUGCGGUAGUAACGUGCUUGACCGCAACCCCGCCCAUCCUCCCUUUGAACUCCCAGGAGAGCCUGGAAAUGAGGUACUCAAGUAUCCGGAAGGGUUUGAGUUAACAAAUGCGACGGAGGCUGCAUCAGCAUCUGCAGCUUUAAGCUCUAGGACGGCUACGGCGACUCAUGCUUCUACCACGGUUUCAUAUUUCCGAAGCACUCCAACUCCAGGUGUUCGUAACAUCAACUGGCCACCGUAUGCUAUCAACAACUACAAUGGCGACCUUGCCGUUCAUGCUGUUAGUCCUAAUGCGACUCAUCAUGGCGGUAUUUUAGAGUACGACGUCCAUAACUUAUUCGGACAUCAAAUUCUAAACGCCACCUAUCACGCCCUUUUAGGAAUCUUUCCCACAAAGCGACCGUUCAUCAUAGGAAGAUCUCAGUUCGCUGGAUCUGGGAAAUGGGCUGGUCACUGGGGGGGUGACAAUUAUUCUCUCUGGGCAUACAUGUUCUUCUCCAUCCCACAAGCUCUGUCAUUCUCGCUUUUCGGUAUCCCCAUGUUUGGUGUUGAUACUUGCGGGUUUGCUGAUAAUUCUGAUAUGGAACUUUGCUCUCGCUGGAUGCAGCUGUCAGCUUUCUUCCCGUUCUACCGAAACCACAAUACCCUUGGAGCAGCUAGUCAAGAACCCUAUAUCUGGUCUGCCGUGGCGGAUGCCUCAAAGGCCGCGAUGAAGAUCCGCUAUGCACUACUCCCUUACAUUUACACGACAUUCUAUCUUAGCCAUUCAACUGGUUCGACGACCAUGCGUGCUUUAGCCUGGGAAUUCCCCAAUGAGCCAUGGCUGGCUAACGCCGAUAGGCAAUUCCUUCUCGGCGAUUCCAUUAUGGUCACCCCUUGCUUAGUUCAAGGCGCUACCACCGUCGACGGCGUUUUCCCCGGUGUGGGAUCCGGCACGAUCUGGUAUGACUGGUAUAACAAAACAGCCAUUACCGGGGUCUCACCUGGGCAGAACGUCACCAUCGACGCACCUCUUGGGCACAUCCCAGUCUACGUACGGGGUGGAAAAGUGAUACCAACACAACAGCCAGGUCUAACUACCACAGCAGUAAGAGAGAGCCCAUGGGGGCUCAUUGUUGCACUGGAUAGCACCGGCCAAUCCGCCGGCGGACUUUACCUAGAUGAUGGCGAGAGCCUCACGCCAAAUGCCACAUCAUGGAUUGAGUUCGUUGUUCAAAAUUCGACACUGAGGGCUAGUCCAAGUGGUAAUUACCCGGACCCGAAUCCAUUGAGCAAUGUGACGGUUUUGGGAACCCAAGGGCCUAUCUCUAAAGUGCAAUUGAACGGCCAAGAAGUCCACAGCAGUGCGUGGAAUUUGGAGACUUCGGGUAAAGUCCUGACGAUUUCAGGCCUUGACUCAUUCACAGCGAAAGGUGCUUGGAGUGAGGAAUGGACUCUCAGCUGGUCGUAAAAAUGGCAAGAACCCACGAUGUAGGGGCCAUAUUAUGUUAAUCAUGUUAUUGUAGGGCUCUUACCUGUUCUAGCUACAAAGCAAGAUUGCUGUCUAGUGAUAAUCAUAAUUAGAUCUCCAUUAGACGAUAGAAUAAAUACCUG